AUGCGAGCUUAUAAGGGGCCUUGGUUUAAUUGGAUCCCAUUUGUAGCCCUUCACUUGUUGCUUCACAGAGAGAUGGUAGAGUGCUUCAACAAGAUUUCGAGAGACGCUGACUGUCGGGCGGUGGUGAUCUCUGGUGCAGGAAAAAUGUUCACUGCAGGUAUUGACCUGAUGGACAUGGCUUCGGACAUCCUGCAGCCCGAAGGAGAUGAUGUGGCCCGGAUCAGCUGGUACCUCCGUGACAUCAUCACUCGAUACCAGGAGACAUUCAGCGUCAUCGAGAAGUGCCCCAAGCCCGUGAUUGCUGCCGUCCACGGGGGCUGCAUUGGUGGAGGUGUGGACCUCGUCACCGCCUGUGACAUCCGGUACUGUGCCCAGGAUGCCUUCUUCCAGGUGAAGGAGGUGGACGUGGGUUUGGCUGCCGAUGUAGGAACACUGCAGCGCCUGCCCAAGGUCAUCGGGAACCAGAGCCUGGUCAAUGAGCUGGCCUUCACCGCCCGCAAGAUGAUGGCUGAUGAAGCCCUGGGCAGCAGGCUGGUCAGCCGGGUGUUCCCAGACAAGGAGGUCAUGCUUGAUGCUGCCUUAGCGCUGGCGGCUGAGAUUUCCAGCAAGAGCCCCGUGGCGGUGCAGAGCACCAAGGUCAACCUGCUCUAUUCCCGUGGCCAUUCGGUGGCCGAGAGCCUCAACUACGUGGCGUCCUGGAACAUGAGCAUGCUGCAGACCCAGGACCUCAUGAAGUCGGUCCAGGCCACGACUGAGAACAAGGAACUGAAAAGCGUCACCUUCUCCAAGCUCUGAGAGCCCUCGUGUCCCAGGUCCCAGCCAGGGGGCUGGCCUUGUCCCGCCUCAUCCGCAGAAAGGGAGGAUGGGCGAUGACAGUUGUCUCUAUGCCUUCUUGCCCAGUCUCCCAGUUUAUAACUUUAUGACAAUGAGUUUCUCAAGGCCCAAGGCCUUAUCUUCACCCCACAAACAAUAAAGCACAGUAAAGAA